AUGACUACGCAUAUACCCAAUGCCCAGACCACGGCGAAGGACGCCCCGCCCGUCACGCCCCACAGCAUACUCGUCAACACGCCAUACAUCAUGGACACGAUCAUGCAGCACGCGACGCGCUCGACCCUUAUCAGCUGUCUGCGCGUCAACCCCCAGCUUCACGACGCUGCCGGUCACCGACUCUACCGCACUGUCCGCGUCUACGGCCAACACAAGCUCCGCGGCCUCCUCCUCGGCGCCGAGUGGGAAGAAGGCCUCCAGCACGCCACCCGCUCAUCACGCACCCCAGCGCUCAGUGGCUUCAAGAACCGCCUCCUCACUCGUAUUCGCGUCUUAUUGGUCGGAUGGCACCCUCCGGGCCCGUGCAAGCACGAGGGUAACAAGGCCGAGCGCCUCAAGCUCCGGGCCACACUUCGUAUCCUCCUGCGCAACGUGCACACCGUACGCAUUGUGCUCCCCAUCAGGGACUGGGGUAUGCAGGCGUACAGCGGACUCGGCUGCAACAAGGAGACGACACACUGCGACUUUCUGCCGCUCUUGUCGCCCCGCAAGGUCGUCCUCCGCAACGCCAAUGGUCCCACGUUCUGCGAGCUGGCAAGGUACUGGCCGGACCCCGAAAUCACGACGCUGGUGUGGAUCGUCCCCACCGACUGCGGGACCUCCGACCGCCCUAUCCUGCCCACAUCUAGCCACCGCACCCAUGUUCCGUGCCAGGUCCCGUUUGUCCGCGUCGUCUUCCACUCCGAGUGGGAGGUUUUUCCCUCCACACCCACCCCUGUUGCCUCCUCGCACGAUGCUGAGGACGGCGUCCACUUAGACCGCUUCCACUCUCCCCUGGAGCUCUUCAAGUUCUGCUAUUAUCUUGAGAAGAUCACCAAGCCGCACAUUUUUGUGCUGUAUGGAGUUCAUACGGUUGAGCUCAGCAGUUUCGUCCAAAGUGAAUUACUCACCUGGUUCCCGGACCGCUUUGACUCGUGGUCGUGGAACCCCACCGUGGAGGACUUGCGCCAACUGGUGAUGGAGUCGCUUGACAAGCCAUACAUCAUCAAGUUGCCCCGAGACGCCUAUGAGGCACUGAGCGCGGCCGAAACGCGCUAUGAGCUCGACGACGAGUAUCACCACUAG